AUGGCCGGCAAACUUGCCCUGGUCUUCAUAUUAAUACACUCAAUCCAAAUUCUCGCCCUUCCAACCCCCUCCACCCCAAUCGCAUCCAAAUCCCUUGCGUCAUACAAUAAGCGCUACUACUUCCCGGAGACCCUUCCUGAUCAAGAUGAACUCGAAGCAAUAUUGAAAGAAACAGCCAUGCGCGAAGCAGGCUUCGUGCAUUCGUCAAUACCAUCAAACACGGAGUCUGGACCGGUGCAUAAAAUGGAGACGGAGCUUCAAAAAUCACUUCCGAAUCCGGAUGCAGCGAUCGGCACGGCACCGGCAAUCCCGGAUAGCACACAAGACACAAAGCCGAAACAGUCGCAGUUCCAGCCUGGUCUGAAACAGUCUCUCGUAACAUUGGAAUCGGACGAUUACCCGAUUUACUGGCCGCCGUUUGGAUUUUUCGUCGUCUCCGCUGCCAUCGUGUGCUUCUUUACCAUAUUGAGGGGGAUCCGUGCGAAGAAGUGA